AUGACUUCCUACAAAAACAUGGAACAAAUCUUGCAAAAUAUCAACAGAAAUUAUAUCCAACUGAAGACAGAAGAGGUCAAACAUAACAACGAGAUUUUAAAAUCGACGCUUGAAAGAAUGAUCGAAAUAAUGAAAGCUUUAGACCCUCUAUUCGAAAUCAUUUACCAGAAGCCAUUUUUCGGAGGAAGCUUCUAUGACGAUCUUAAAGUUGGAAAACCCGACGAGUUUAAAAUAGACCUUGUAAUGGUUUUCUCGAAAAUUGUUUGUCAGAAACACAAAACUAAGAAAUGUGGCUGUGUCGUUGCGAAGCCCAGCAAUAAACCGGGAUUUUUUUGGUUUAAAGUAAACGAGAAUUUUUAUCAACCUUUAAAUAAAUUUAUUGUUGAUGAAUAUAUGCGAACAGACUUGAUACUGUUUUGGAUGCAAAGUUUAGUAACUAGGGCCUUAAACCUAAUUCGUUCUGAAUGUUCCUCCUUGUACAAAGCCGAUGUGGAAUAUAAACCACCGGGUCACUUUUCGCAAUCAGUAUCAGCCAUAAAGCUGCGGCUAUAUGGAAAAUUUGGACACAUGAAUGUAGACUUGGUACCUGCAUUUAAAUUUGGUCCUGAUUCUUGGCCUGAACAAGGCUUCAGGCCCAAUCCAAGUGAUAAAGAACAUGAUUUUUUUAUUGUUCCAGAAAAGACAAGUAGUGAGCGUUAUUGGAGAGCUUCGUUUCCAUGUCAAGAAAGAGAGUUGUUAAAUAACAAACAACGAUUGAAGCCAGCCCUUAGAUUGUUGAAGAAAAUGCGGAACAAUUUGGAUCAUCAAAUAUCUAGCUACGCUCUCAAAACUAUCGUUCUACUAGAAUUAGAUAGUGGGUGGUUCAAUUGGGAGGAUACUCUUGCUGACACAUUCAUGAAACUUUUGAAAAAGUAUAGGGACUGUUUAAAUGAAAAGAAAAUUCCAUAUUACUGGAACAAACGCAAUAAUAUGUUAGAUUGUACUAAUGAUGAAACUUUGACAAAUCAUUACAAUGAAAUUGCAAAAAAAAUUAGGAAAAUCGACAGGGAGUACAUGGAUGAUCCGUUUGUAAUUGCUAAAGUUAUUCUAAGGGAAGGCUCAGAGGAAUAUAAAGAAUUUCGAAGAAAGUAUGGAAACGAUGUGAUGGAAGAUGAAAGCACCACCGAUUCAGAAGGGGACGAUUUGCCCUCGUAUGACCGCGAUAGGUUUAGUUUUUCUGAUUCAUCUUCAUCCGAUGAUCUAAACAUGCGGAGUUCUUAUAGUGGCUCUAAUGGAAGGUCUGGUAUGAAUCAGGCAACUAGUAGCUCUGAUGGUGGGUUGACAACAGGACUGGCUUUGUUAGGAGUUGGGGCAGCAGCCGUGGUAGCUUUGGGUGUAUUCGGUGCAUUGAGGAACAACAAUAGAAGGAAUGAUUAG